AGAGAAGAAGUGACUUUCACCAGCUGAAUGAGCGUGAAAUGCUUUGUUGGAAAUUGAUUUGCACCGUUGCAAUAACAGAAGUAGUCCGCCUAAUAUCCAUGGAGGAGUCGCUUAAGGCUUUUUAAGGAGAUUAAGUCAGACCUGUUCUUAGUGUAAACCGCUAAUAGCUGCAUGAUUGUAGAGGAAGUUGUUUCUUUGCUUAAAGAUUGUUCAAGCGUGUGCGCUCACUCUCACAGCAAAGACACCGUUCUUACACUGAGCUUUCUAAACGCACAAGAGGACUUGUUUCCUGUGGAUUUCAAGAGAAGAAGACAAGGAAGGAAAACACAGUUAUGUGUAAUUAAAAGUCCGGUCUUUUGACAGCAGACUUUUUGACCAGCCAGACGUUCGGUCUGAUUCGCUCCCUGUGGAGAGCAGCUGGGGGAGUGCCAGGACAUUCCGUAGGUCACUUUCUGCACAGCCGGCCCACUUUUCUCCCGGUUAGUCAUUUCCUUUCAGGAAUAAAAGGAGGGCUAGAAGGAAGUACAAUUACUCAUUGUGUACUUUUACGUUUAAAACUAUCAGGCAGCUGUUGGACGGUGUCUUGUCUGUGACAAAGUGUCAUUUUUCAUAGUGUCUUUUUAUACAUUUUAAAAUGGACUGUUUAUCAAAGAAGGGCGCCGCUGAAUACAACAUGAAAAUGCACCCCAUGUGGCAGGGACCCCUUGCAGUUCCAGGAGGUGAACGCCAGUCUCCCAUUGAUAUCGUCGUGCGUAAGAGUGUCUUUGAUUCCCAACUGGAACCUUUGACCACUCGUUAUGACCCAACCACUUGCCAGCAAAUCUGGAAUAAUGGUUAUUCCUUCCUGGUUGAAUAUGAUGACACUACAGAUAGGUCCACACUGAAAGGAGGCCCCGUGCAGGACACAUUUAGGCUGUGUCAGUUCCACUUCCACUGGGGUGAGAGCAAUGCCUGGGGGUCAGAGCACACCGUGGACAGAAGGUUAUUUCCUGCUGAGCUUCACUUGGUUCACUGGAACUCGGACAAGUACAGUCUGUUUGAAGAGGCAGUGAUGGAGGAAAAUGGACUGGCUGUUAUUGGAGUCUUUCUAAAGGUGGGGAAGAAACACGAUGGCCUGCAGAAACUAGUAGACGCUCUGCCUGCCAUCAGACACAAGGGUAGCGUGGUAGAGUUUAAUAAAUUUGACGCUGGCUGUCUGUUACCCGCCAACACCGAUGAAUACUGGACAUAUCACGGCUCUCUAACAACUCCUCCCCUCACCGAGUCUGUCACCUGGAUCGUCAUGAAGCAGCACAUAGAAGUCAGCCAUGAUCAGCUGGCCGUGUUCCGUAGCCUUCUGUUCACCUCUGCUGAGGAGGAGACCCAGAAGAGCAUGGUGAACAACUUCCGCGUGCAGCAGCCUCUGCGGGAUCGCACAGUGCGCUCCUCCUUCAGUCCUUUCCUGAAGGAGGCGCCGUCUGACCAAGGCGACCAGCACACACACUGACACCACCCAGCUUGUGUUCACCACCGUUACACCAAAACAAACACAUGUUUUACACAGUACUUUAUUUUCCUCUUUUGCUGACAAACAGUACUUUCAUUUUAGGCUAGUUUUAACUAUUGGAUUAACUGGAGUAAUUGGGUUUUUAACUAAAAAUUUAAGAUGCUUGGUGACUGGUAAAUAGAUUUAUAUCCACUUGAAUUGUAUUUAUUUUUUAAUUGACUUGACACUUUAAUUAGUUGUAGUUUUUUUUAUCAAUCAAUCAGCAGCUGAAGAUAAACAAUGGAGCUGCUAGUGGGGACUCAACAGCACUGUGUGCGGGUCGAAGUUGGUACUGCAAUGGCACUUACAGGUAAGCGACUGUCAAACUCGUUUUUUUAUUGAGGGACACAUCUCAGUUAUGGGUGCACUCAGAGGGCCGAUUGUAACAACAAAUAAUAUAUGAAUAUAAAUGUACAAGGAGUCGCUUCAUUCUAUAGUUGCUCAAUUGCCUAUGCAUUUGAUUAUUGUAUAUAUAUUUUAUGUACACUGUAAAAAAACAAAAAAUAAUAGAUUUUGCAGUAAAACAUUGUCAGCUUAGCCGCCAGAAUAAAAAUAACAAAUUUAAAUUUGGAAAAACUUUUUUAUGGUAAAAUUCCACAAAUUUCAAAGUACCACUGUUUUUACUGUAGAAUUCUGGCAAGUGAGAUGCCAGUUUUUUCUAAACAAGUUUUUACAGCAUAUUACUGCAAGUAGAAAAACAGUACCACUGUUUUAACGGGAAAAUUGUGGCCACUGAGCUUUUUUUUUCUAUAGCAAAAUCUGUUGUUUUUACAGCAUAUUACUUUUAGCGGAAAAAGGUACCAUUAUUUUUUUUUGCGGUAUUAUUCUGGUGACUGAGCUGCCUGAUUUUUUUUUUUUACCAUAAAAUCUUUUGUGAUUUUUUACAGUGUACAACUUGAUGGAUUACUUGCUUUGAAAUCAUAGGUCAAGCAGAUGUUUAUGUACCGUAUUUUCCGGACUAUAAGCCGCUACUUUUUUCCAACGCUUUGAAUCCUGUGGAUUAAAAAACAGUGCAGCUAAUGUUUUUAUUUUUUUUCGAUAACCACCUCAAUGUUUUAUGUUCAAUAAAUAAUUUUCAUAUUACACCGACAGACGCACUAAAAAGGUGUGAUAUUGUUUGUGCUAUGGCGCCAUCUUUUGGAUGAGUUCGUUCACUGCAGGUGCUGCGGGUUGAAAAUGUACUUUCUGUUUUGUGCCUUGAACCGGAGGUAUAACAGUCAAUAACGGUUGUGCUUGAAAGGAUUCUUCAUUCAUCACUCCAAGUAACGUUUGUAAGUUUUACAGUAUAACUAAACGAUUCAUACUUACUAAACCGUCACGUGUGAUGUCUGUAGGAGUGUUUUCAUGCAUAUUUGUACCUGCUAACAUAAUUUAAUGAAGCUAGCAUCGUUAGCAUUAGCGAAUAUGCUAAUACAUUUACAAGUCUGUUCGUAUUAUUAACUUACAAUGACGUUCUUUUUGUACUGUUUCAGUUUUGUAAAUUCACCAAAACAUCACUGUAGAUUAAUUGAAUCUGUUUAGCUGAUUGGAGAGUUACAGACACCUUUCGGAGACAAUUAAGGUAUGUAAAUAAAUAUUUGCAAAAUCUUUCGUACUGGCAUAUAUCUGCGGCUUAUAGUCCGGUGCGGCUAAUAUAUGUAAAAAUAUUUUUUCUGGUGUGCUCUAUAGCCCGGAAAAUACGGUGUUUCUAUCAACAAAAAAAUGGUUGAUAAUAUAUUUGUUGCAUUAUUAUAUAAAAGUCUAAAAUAAAUGUCACUUUAUGCAGUACAGCUUUUUUUCCUGUCAAAAUGGAGCUAGCUAUGAAGACAAAAUAUUUUAUUGACACAUAUUAUUAUAUGGCUUACGCGAGCCAUAUAAAAUGACUUCGCGUGCCACACGCGGCCUCCGGGCCUUGACUUUGACACCUGUGCUUUUAAGAGCCAAUAUGGAGGUUUUUGCACCUUUUAAUAGAAUUUGGUUACCUGAUGGGUUGAUGUUUGACAUGAUCAAGGUACGAAAAAUGUGACCGUAAACAGCACAUUUAAACUUUUAUACUGAAAUGUGUGUCUUCUCUGUAAUUAUGCAUACAAUUAUGUCAGGUUUGUUGGUAUGUCAUGCAUUGUGCGUACAUAUUCAUUUUACAGUGCCUUCAAAUCUUUUCAUCAUACUUCUACGGUUUGAUGGCUGAGAAGAUUGCUCAAAAGAACUAUUUUGCGUACAAAGAGUUAUGUUUACUUUUGCAGCCGCAGUCAUGUUUUUUUUAUCUUUUCCACCACUCAAGGCCUGAUCAAGUGUCGCUAGAAAGAAAUCGCUGACCGUUCAUUAGCAUUUGGACUCCAUGCUUUUCUUUUCAAUCUAAAUGUAACUAAGCUACUAUCCAAACAUAGCCUCCUUUGGUCCUUGUUGGCAUCCAAGCGCGAAGACACAUUGACUGGUUAUGCAGUGAAUCGUUACAAUGUGUGCCUUUGGGAAGGCUGCACGCUGACAUUGAAUAGUUUGUGGGGGAGGGACAUCUUUUUUUGGUAUGUUUUUACAGACAAUGUAGUACAGUACUGCCUUGUUUCAUGGUAUUUUAUCAUGUCAAACUACAUUUAAUGCCUGGAUGCAAUAUAAAUGCAACAUAAAAACAUGAAUAUGAGCAUAUUCUACUUGUUACACUGUGAUGAUUGUUAGAGGUUAAAAUUAUGAUCUUUGUCAGAUCUUACUGUACUGUAUUGCUCAUUGUAACGUUUUUAGGAUGAAAUACAUUCUUUUUUCUUUACAAAUCAAAUGAUUAAACUGUCAUUAACAUAUACUGUAUUCUUUUUAUGAUGCCUUUUAUUGUCUGUUUUUACUUUUACUGCUGAAUGCUGGUGUUUCCCAACCUUUAAAAAAGUACAAAACAUAAUUUCACCCAACAAAAAUGUAUGAAUGGCAACGGGUGGAUACACACAUUGUGUAAGUGGAAAUGCCUGUCACUAUACAUUGCUGCCAUGUAUAAUAAACAGUCAUUUUCAGGACAA